GGGCAGCUGGAGGCUGGGCAGAAUCCAGGUCUGCAAGUCUAGCCAUGGCGCCCACUUUCCUCUCUCUGAGCCUCUCCCACCUGAGCCUGUGGGCUUCUGGAAUGAUCUUGAUCAUAGGCUUUCUCAAGAUUUUUUCCCUGCUGCUGCGGAGACACAAGUUGGCCAAGGCCAUGGACAACUUCCCAGGGCCCCCCACCCACUGGCUCUUUGGGCAUGCCCUCGAGAUCCAGCAGAAGGAAAGUCUGGACAAGGUGGUAUCCUGGGCUCACCAGUUCCCUUAUGCCCACCCACUCUGGAUGGGACCAUUUCUUGGCUUCCUGAACAUCUAUGAGCCUGACUAUGCCAAAGCUGUGUACAGCCGGGGAGACCCUAAGGCUGCAGAUGUAUACGACUUCUUCCUCCAGUGGAUUGGGAAAGGCCUGCUUGUUCUUGAUGGGGCCAAGUGGUUCCAGCACCGCAAGCUCCUCACACCUGGCUUCCAUUAUGACGUGCUAAAGCCCUAUGUGGCUGUGUUUGUGAACUCUGCAAAUGUGAUGCUGGACAAGUGGGAGAAAAAGGCUUGUGAGAAUAAAAGCUUUGACAUCUUCUGCGAUGUGGGCCACAUGGCAUUGGACACACUCAUGAAGUGCACCUUUGGCAAAGGAGAUAGCGGCCUGUCCCACAGAGACAGCAGCUACUACCAGACAGUGUCUGACCUCACACUGCUGAUGCAGCAGCGCAUUGACUCCUUCCAGUACCACAAUGACUUUAUCUACUGGUUCACACCUCAUGGCCGCCGCUUCCUGCGGGCCUGCCAGGCGGCUCAUGACUAUACAGACCAUGUUAUCCAGAAGCGGAAGGCAGCCCUGCAAGACAAGGAGGAGCAGGAGAAGACCCAGAACCGGAGACACCUGGACUUCCUGGACAUUCUUCUGGGUGCUAAGGAUGAAAGCGCCACCAAACUGUCUGAUGCAGACCUCCGGGCCGAAGUGGACACGUUCAUGUUUGAAGGUCAUGACACCACCACCAGUGGUAUCUCCUGGUUUCUCUACUGCAUGGCCCUGUACCCAGAGCACCAGCAGCGUUGCAGGGAAGAGGCUCAGGAGAUCCUAGGGGACCGUGACUCCUUCCAGUGGGAUGACCUGGGCAAGAUGACCUACCUGACCAUGUGCAUCAAGGAGAGCUUCCGCCUCUACCCGCCUGUGCCACAGGUGUAUCGCCAGCUCAGCAAGCCCGUCAACUUUGUGGAUGGCCGCUCUCUACCUGCAGGCAGCCUGAUCUCUCUGCAUAUCUAUGCCCUCCAUAGGAACAGUGCAGCGUGGCCUGACCCUGAGGUCUUUGAUCCCCUGCGUUUUUCUCCUGAGAAUGCAACUGGACGCCACCCCUUUGCCUUCCUGCCCUUUUCGGGUGGGCCCAGGAACUGCAUCGGGCAGCAGUUUGCCAUGAAUGAGAUGAAGGUGGUCACAGCUCUCUGUUUGCUACGCUUUGAGUUCUCUCCGGACCCCUCACGGGUACCCAUCAAGAUGCCCCAGCUGGUUCUGCGCUCAAAGAAUGGGAUUCAUCUCCACCUGAAGCCACUGAGCUCUGGGUCUCAGAAGCCACUUGGCAGAGAGUAAGGCCCCAGGAUCCCACGCUCUUCCUUCUCCCUCCGAACUCCCAGAUGAACAUGGAGAAGUUGUGGCUUCCUGCCUUCAGGAGGUUCAUUGUCUGGGAGGGAGUAGGCACCGGCAAGACAACCUCCCAGAGGACAGCCCCACCCAAACAUGAAUGUCUACUUGUUACCCACGCAUUCAAGAUCUCAUUCAUUCACUUAGUUGGUGAGCACCCACUCAUCUCAAUAAACUUCAUUUAUCUCCUAUAA